GAUCCUCUAUCAUAGGGCUGCACGUCUACGAAACCACAGCCCGACCGACCAGAACUUUUAGCUUUUUGGCCCUGGCUGCCUGGCUAGAGCUACGAUUUUAUGCUUUGGGCGACCAAUACGUAGCUGCCACAUUGCUGAGACUACAAGCGGUCACAGAGCGCUAGUCUCCGCCAACCGUCGUCCCAAGGCAGGUUUGGCCCAGGCAGAAAGUCCGUCCCAGUUGACCGACACUGCUAGACACUCAAAAUUGCAUUCUCAUUUGUGCGAGUUCAUAAACGCUGCACACAACUAGUGACUGGGACUUACUCGGCGCCUACCUGACGCCCUGCGCGCCCUAGAGUUCAGAGAGCCGGCAGAAGGACGGCAGCUGGAGCACCAGCUGGCAAGUCGCUUUCUGGAGGCUGAAGAAGACCAUCGACACUUGGUGGACUGCAUACUGCUUGUCACCAGCUUGUUGUCGUCGGGCACAGUUAGGAGGCAGGCUUCAUGGACGGCUGACCGCAUAAACGUGCUAUAAGGCAGCGUCUGCUUUACUUUGGCACGAACGGCUGAAAAAUCAGGAGGUCCAGGAAUUCCAGUACUCCGCGUCAAGCAAAACAGAUGACAACAAUCGGUGCCACUGGUGGCGUUUUUGUGUUCGCGAGUGAUGGACGGCUUAGAAGUGUCACUAAAGGAGCAUCUUGCAACGCUAACUCCCAGCGCGAAGGCGCAAACCAGAGCCCCGUCUCGGCGCACUGGAUUUGCGCGCCGAGUUCACAGUCCGCAGAGGCCGCGGCCCCCAGCGCCGGUGACAAUCAGACGGCUGACGCGCAGCUGACCGCGCUGGAGGGCGCUAACCCGCCAGGCCGCCAACAAGAUCAGAACCACCAGCUGCCGGUACAAGACGUUGGUCGCCACCACGUGGGCGGUAAAGCGGAGGCCGCACUAUGCACUGCCGCCACAUCAGGGCCCGCGCCAGCACCGCCACUCUCGCCGUCGGGCCAGGAUGCGUGGGGCUGUCAUGUCCCGGCGGGCGCCGCAGUCGGCAGCCAGCCGGAGAUAUCUGCGGGCGGGGGUGGCGCAGGAGCGGCGGCACAGGGCUCAGGUGGCCGGCUGCUGCCUGCGCCAGCCGCGACCUUGUCACCCUGUCAGGUGCCACCUCAGCCACACGCGGGCUUGCAGCAGCAACGGCAUUCGCAAUCCUCCUCGUCAUCCUUGGAGCACCGUGACCACCCAUGGCAACAGGCGCUGCCGCAACACCAUGGCCAGCUGCUGCCGGGUCAGCACCAGCACCAGCAGGGGGCGAUGGGUGCCCUCGAACCAGUGGGCUGCAGCGGCAUGCACUGGAAUGGAUCCGGGUCCGGGUCCGCCCACGUCCCUGAUGCCGGCCAUUUCACAGCCGCAGGUGGCCCGGCGCCGGGGCAGCAGCUGGCGCUGGCGCCGGGUUCUGAGGCAGCGGCCGGGCAGGGCGCAGCGGCCGCGCCUGGCUCGGCCCAUCCGCCCUACCCCUUCCCGCACGUGCCGCCGCCGUAUCCAUACGGGCGGGGUGGGCCGCUGUGGGGGCCCGGGGGCUACCCCUACCCACACCACCACGGCUACGUGCGAGGUGGAGUGGCUGCAGCCACAGCGGGGCGGCCCUUCCCGGCAGGGCACCUGUCGUCGCCAUACCACCACCUGCAAGGCCAGCACCCGCACACGCGCAGCGCCUGGCACCACCACCCCUACGGUCACUCGGCGUACGGACACCCGCACGCCAGGCUCAUGGCCCACCAGUACCACCACCACCAUCAGCAUCAGCAACAGCAGCAACAGCAACAGCAGCAACAGCCCUCCCCUGAUGCAGGGCGCGGACCUGCGGAGGAGCAGCAGUCUCGGGGCGGCAACGGCAGUGGAGGCGCUGGCAGUCUGGGUGGCGUGGGUGGUGCCAGUAACAGCGGUGCCGCUGUGGGCGCUGGUGGCGGCGGUCGUUUCACACCGGCUGCGGGCGGAACCUUCCGCAGCUGGGCGGCGGGUCAGCACCCGCAGCAGCAGCAGGCCGCUUGGAGUGCGGGCAGCGGUGCCCAGCCGUCGCUGCAGGAGCGGGGUCAGGGUCAGGGGCUGGGGCUGGGGCAAGCCCAAGAUAGCGCAGCCGCAGGCUUGCCGCUACACCAGCAACACCCAGGGCUCCACGGCGCCCAGCAGCAGCAGGAGCACCUGCACCAGCAGUCCUCGCAGCGGCAGCACCUUGGGUGCGGGGGGCCGCUUCGUACCGCCGGCGGCUUCCAGCCACAACGCCUCAGCUACCCGUGGCCGCCGCCAGCUGCCGCUCGCCCCGACAUGCCCCGCCCCUACCCCGCACACUUGCACCAGCCCCAGCUGGCCAGUGGGGACGAGGGUCGCGGUGUCAGCACUAGCAGCUGGGGCAUCGGAAGCGGCGGCAGUGGCGGUGAGGGUGGUGCGGCGGUGGCUGGGCCGGCCGGCGCCGCGGCCGCGCUGGCCAUGAGCAGUGGUGCUCGCCGCGGCAGUGGCGGUGGAGGGGGCGGCGUGUGGGACGGCGGCAUGGCUGCCAGUGCCAGCCCAGCCUCAUACGCCUCGGGGCCGGUCGUCGCCGCCCCAAGUGCGGUGGCGCCACCGCAGGUCCCUCCUGGCGAGGGCGGGGGCAUGGGGGUCGGGGCGACGGCGCCGGUGCCUCUGCCGCGGGAGCUAUGUGUCAAUGAGGUGACCUGGCCUGCCUGCGUAUCCGCCGCAGCCGCCCAUGCUGGCGCAGGCAUCUUCCGCCGCCACUCGUCUUUCGGCUCGCUGGGUCCGCUCCCUGCCGCUGGCGCCUCCACAUCACCGCCCUACAGCAGCGCCGGCGGGGGCGCCGGCGGCCAGUACCACCAGCCGCCGGCGCAGCAGCAGCAGCAUCCUGCAGUGACGCCACCGCCUCGAGCGUCAGGUGGCGGUUGGGAUCUGUCCUCGCUGCCUCCACCGCAACCAUCCGGCGAAACCUACAGCAGCAGCAGCCACGGCAGCCACAUGCGCGCUGCCUCGUGGUGCGGCUCUCCCCCACCCGCCGUCGCAGCAACAGCGGGUGCCGGCCCUCAAGGCCCCACGCAGCCGCAGCUAGGCCUACAGGUGCAGCACUCGCACCAACCGCUGCCCAGCGCAUUCUCGUCUGGCUCCGCCGCGCCCGCUUCCGCUGGCUUUACAGCCGGCGCCGGCGGUAAUAGCCACAACAGCGCCACCAUGGCCUCCCAACACGGCCUGCCUGCCGGUGCCCCGGGUUGCGCUACUGGGCCCUUGGCCAUGGAGAUUCAGGGCGGCGGGGCUGGCGACGCGGCGGGGCUGUCACGGCGGAUGAGCUCCUACAGCGGCCUACACGCCUCGCCCUGCUUCAGGAGCAGCGCGAGCGGCACGCCCUCAGAGCCCCAGGCGCCCGGCAGCGCUCCGCAGCAGUCCGCCGGAGCAGCGGCAGCAGCCGCGCCCCAGCCUGGCGCCGGCUGCGGCUAUGCGCACGUUUCCGGGCUGCCGGCGCCGCGCUCUGACCGCAUCUUAAACGAGACCUACAGCGCUGGCGCCAGUGCUGCUACCGGUGCAGGCUACAGUGACUGCGCCGUUCCGUUCCGCGCCUACAGCAGCUCGGGCUUAAACCUACACGCGCUGCCGCCGCUGCUGCAGUCGGCCAUGCCGGCCGCGACAGGCAUGGCGGUAACGACGGCUGCCCCGGAGGAGGCGGCGUCGCCCUUCCGCUUCUCGAACAGCCCGCCGCAGACCUUCGAGGACAUCAAGUUGCGCCUGGCGCAGCAGGAGGCGGCAGCCGCGGCUGCCGCAGUGGAUCCUGCGCUGCCGGUCCCGCCAGUCCAGCUGGUAACGCCGCCGGCCGCACCACAGCCGAACCCGGAGCUGCAGCCGUCGCCGUCGAAGCGGUUGAAGGGCCCCUCCGAGCAGGGCGCGGCCGCGGCAUCGGCCCGCAAGGCUGCCAAGGUGAAGAAGCAGGAGGAGGCCGGCGCGGCGGAUGCAGCGGCGCAGGGGCAGCAGCCAAAGGAUGCGGCGGCGGGCGGCGCUACCAAAGGAUCAGCCGGCCGCACUGCCAGUCGCGGUGGUGGAGGCGGCGGCUGCCGUGCUAGUGCGCUGCCUGCACCAGUGCUGGUGCGCGUCACGUCCAAGCGACGCACCCGCAACAACAACAAAAACAAGUUUGCCUCCGGCGGCUCCGAUGGCUCACACCAGCCUGCCGCGCCGCCGCCGCCCCGCCGCCGCCGCUCCUCCAGCGGGCUCGCCGCCGGCGAGGAUGGACUGGUGCCAUACCGCGAGGUGUACGGCACCUUUCACCCGGGGCCCUACCUGAGAAACAAGGAGUGCAUCGAGCACGACGGCCGCAUGAUCACCCGUGGCCACUUUGAGCGCCUCGGCGGCACCGCCACCGCCAAAUGGCACGUCAGCAUCAAGGUGAUGCCGCAGAACCUGGCGCUGGGCAAGUGGCUGGCGUCACACGGCCUACCCGUGCUCACGGGCAAGCCGCGCAAGCCGCGCAGCAACGAGGUCGGAGAUAGCGGCGGCAGCGGGCAGCCGCGGCGGCGCUCCGGUCGCGGCCGCAGCGCUGAUCGGGGCGGCGACAGCGACAGCGACCUGGACAGUGAGGUGGAGGAGGAGAUGCUGGAGGAGCUGGAGGGGGCGGACGGGGAGGAGCAGGACGUGGGCUCCGAGGAAGAGGAUGAGGGCACGGAGGAGCGCGAGGAGGAGGGCGAUGACGAGCAGGCGGAGGAGCGGAGGCAGCGGCGGCGCCGUGUGCCCAUUGUGCGGCAACGGAGUAGCUACGGCGGCAGCCAGGCGGAGGAGGCGGUCGGCACAGGCGCUACCGAGUCAUCCUGCCCGCAUCCCAGCGAGCAGGGUGGCGGCAACCGCUGGGCGGGCCUCAGCCUCGGUCUCGGCAGCCCCGGACCCGCCGCUCCUGGUUCACUGCAGCCGCCGCUGCAGUCCCUGCACGCGCCCGCCGCCGAGGGUGCGCUGCAGCCCGUAGCUGCACCCUUGCCCGUAGGCCCGCCGCCGCUGCGCAUUGACGGCGGCGGUCAGGGCAGUGGGCUGCGGCCUGUGGUGACCUUGCCGCCGCCCCAGCAGCACGGGUACCCCGGUGGCGACAGCAGCGGCUUGCAUCAGCGGCACUACCCUGCAUGCGACUUCCCUGGCUUCACCACACCGGGCCAGCACCAGCAGCAGGUUGGGCACGGGCAGUACCCGUUCGGCCAAAUGGCUGACGAAGACGUGUAUGGCAGGCUGUACGGCGAGUUCCGUACUACCUCACUGGAGGAGUCUGCCGUACACCUGCUGCUGGACGGUGCUGGCGGCGUUGGCAUGGGCGGCGGCGGCUGCGGUGGCGGCGACGAUGACUCGCUGCUGCUGCUGCUGCCACUAUUGGGCGGCGCCGCGGGCAACGACGCAGCUGCGGCAAGGGGCGGUGUUGCUGCCGCCGCUGCUGCUGCUGCUGACCGCGCCAGCUCCACCUCUCCGGCCCCACUGCAACCGUGUCCCUCGAGCAAGCUGAAUGUGCCCAAGCAUCUGCCGCCUUCGAGCUGCCCCACCGCCGCAGGUAGCGCACCCGCCUCUUCCUCCUCCAGCGGCAGCAGCGGUCUGCACAUUGAGAUGCCCGCGACGUCGGCAGUAGCCAACAAGGCGGCAGCGGCAGGCGCGCCGCCGCCACCUCGGCAGGCGCAGCAGCCUGAGCAGGCUCAGCAGCAGCUGAGUGACGCUCUCAUGAACAGCUUUUUCCCAUAUUAGUAAAGUGCGCUAGGAGAUCGGAUGGUGUGAUUUACACGGGGGCCUAUUGGGCCUACAUUUGGGCACCGCUUUGUAUGCAAGGCGUGUGUGCGCAUGUGCCGCCCAUUGGCGCAUUUGGCUGGUCAUGCGGUACACUGUGUCAGGAGGAGGCAAUGCUGGUCAGCCUCGUUAUCUGAUCAAAUGGCCUGUUGCUACAGGGAGAGAUCCAAUUUGGCAAUUUAACAAAGGCAUGACUCGCCACGUUAAUGUUACAUAUGAGCGAGGCAGAGAGAAACACGAACGCACAACACAUGGCACAUGGCACUGUAGUGAGGGCGCUGGAGUAGGUAGUUGUGUGCAGGUGCUGGCGCUGGUGCCUAGCCGCACAUGCGGCGGCUCCGGUAACAGCACUGCACACCGCGUGGCGGACCUCUCAGCCGCGUUUGGCGUAGCGACAAUUAAUGGAAAUGUGCAGGUUGCGUUGAGGGCCGCAAGGCGCGAUUGCUGUGUGUAUCUUGAAAAUGCAUGUCCGCAGCCCGCGAUGGGCGGAUGUGCCGGCUGACGUGCACUGCUGGACAACAGGCGGCAGCUGUUGUCUGCGUGCCGCUAUGUCAUCACUGCGACUAUCUUUCACCGCUGCCCCUUUGCACUACCCCAUUCAUCACUCCAUCAGGUGUGCAGGCAGGCUAGAUAGGCGGUCUGGGAACGUCUGAAAGGCCGCCACGAGUGGGUGUUCGUGUAUUACAACGGCUCAUGGCCCGUGGAUUAUGUUUGGCUAGCUUGCACCGCUAGGUACGGCUGGGUACGCUUCUUGCCCAUCACGCGUACGAGUAUAUAGCAUUGUCAAUCAAAUACACGACGUGACACGGUAGCACAGUGUAUGUCCCUAGGCUGACAACGCUCCGCACAGCCAGACCGGCGCUGGUCGGCGGAUAGGGAUUCCGGGGGACCAAGGCUCUAUUUGGUAGUUUGCUGAGAAUGCAGGCGUUCGGAAGCAAUGCUCAAUAAUUUGUGGCAAUAUGACGAAGAUGCGACGUAACUGUGGGGGUGAAGUGCGCCGAUGUUACGUCCCGUGCCAUGAUGCACGCGUGUUCAUGUGUGUGUGCACGUCUGAAGGCCUUCUAAUUGUGUGUGGCCUCGCCAUCAGCAUCACCGUAGACCUUGAACCUCCUUUGUCUGCCCGCCACACAAUCAUUGCCCCCGCUCCAACCUCCAUGCUUAACCUCAACAUGUUGACGUCUCCUGUAGGCCGUAUGCGCAGUUGUGCCUUGAUGCGGUGUUCUGCAAAGUGGGGCAGUGGGGAGUGGGUGUGCCCGGGACAUAGCCUAAUUAUGUGGGCAAAAGGAUCAUCUGCCGCGUAAUCGCGUUAGGACCUGCAUGCGAGAUUCACGCGCAGUUCCUGAAGACCUGUGGGCUUCGCUACCGCACGUAUUCUGUCUGUCCUGUGAACAGUCUACUGGCGAGCUAGGUGGGUCCAGCGGCAGCUAUCUUGCCGCUGGCGUGCAAAGCCGUUGGCCUUCAAGGAUGGGAAGCGUGUGAAUGGGAUGUGUGCGAGCAUGUAUGUGUAUAGCGGUAGCUUGGUUGCUACCAUAGUACUGGUCGCAUUCAGCCAGUCGAAGCAGUCACUUCACGGAGUGAACGGUACAUCAUUGACGAGUGUUGCGGAACUAAUGCGUACGUAGACCAGAGCGGAAGGCGGAGUGGGCUUGCAGGCGGCACGAGAGUAGGCAGUCAGUAGCGCAAGUCUCAUCAUCUGGCCGGGAGGAAGGGAAAUGGUCAGUGCCACCGCCGUCCAGUCAUGAAGUGAGGAGCUGCCAGACCUGCGGCUUGUUCAGUGCUAGCUCUCUUACACCGUUCCGGUUGUUUCCUGUGCUAGGCGUAGACCUAACACAUUGUUGCUUCGUGUGGGAUGCGGCGAGUGCAAGAGAUGCCCCUGGUCGCCCGCUGGCGAGGGUGGGAGUGCGAGUGUGAAUCCAUCACAGAUGCGCCCCUCAGGACCAGCCGGCGUCAGCUUCACUGCCUUCCAGCGUUGCUAGGACUGGGACACACCGCUGUUUGGACCGUGCGCUGCAACGCGCCGCAAGCCAGCCGGCGAGCACGGAUGGGCAGCAAUGCGCAACUAUAUCGAACCCAACUACAUCGAAUCCAAUGCAAAAGAGUGAGGAGGAGACGGGUGUGUACACAUAGGCCUACUGCUCUUUAAGUGGCACAUGACACGGUGAGACUCCCGGGAGUGGGCACAGAAUUGUUCUCUCCAAUUGGGCUUACAGUGCCCUCCAUGUGUGCGGCAUGCCCCAGCGGUAUUAGGGCCAUCCGUGGCUCUCGCCAUCGCCGUGUCCCCACACGCCGAAGCAAUGUGUUGAGUGUGCGCUAGUACAGACGAACCAUUCAGGAGGGUGUAAGAGGAUCAACCU